GCUGGCUGCAUUUCAUUCUUUCUCACAAGUUAGUUAAUCCAUCAGGUUGAGAAGAAGGCCGGUUGGAAGUUUUGUGAAUUUCCAAAAAAAUAGUAAGAUAAGCACAAAAGGAGGAUGAAGCAGAUCGUGGUAAAUCAGACGGUGAAGGUGCCGGAGGGUGUGACGAUCACGGCCAAGAGUCGCCGGGUCUGCGUUCGUGGACCGCGAGGAGUUCUUCGCCGCACGUUCCGUCACUUGUCCAUCGACAUCAACGUGGAGAACCCACAAACGGUCAAGGUGGAAAAAUGGUUCGGCUCCAAGAAGGAAAUCGCUGCUGUGAGGACGGUCUGCAGUCAUAUCGAAAAUAUGAUCAAGGGAGUCACCAAGGGAUUCCAAUACAAGAUGAGGAGUGUGUAUGCCCAUUUCCCCAUCAAUUGUGUCACCACGGAGAAAAACAGCGUUGUAGAGGUGAGGAAUUUCUUGGGUGAGAAGUAUAUUCGAAAUGUAAAGAUGUCCAAGGGAGUCACGGUCACUAACUCCCAGAAGCAGAAGGACGAACUGAUCAUUCAAGGAAACUCUAUCGAGGCUGUUUCAAGAUCGGCUGCACUCAUUCAACAAAGUACGACAGUAAAGAAUAAGGAUAUCCGAAAAUUCUUGGAUGGUCUCUACGUCUCCGAAAAGACGGUUGUUGAAGAAGAUUAAGAAACUUUUAAACUUAAACUUUCGUCUUUGUUUAUGUGAACUAUGGGCGAAUAAAUUUAUGAUUUUUGAAGUCCUGGUUAA